UCGUUGGUUUGUUUUUCAUUUCAACGAAAGUCUGAACCGAACACGACAGGUUCGAGCUAUAGCAGUAGUACCCAAAACCCUAGCUAAUCUCAGUAGUGAGGAACUGAAACACACUCACUGUGGCAGAAGAGGAAGCGUCGCUGCUGCAUUAUUAAUCAGAUUUUGAGCUCCGCAAUCUCCUUCGGAUCUUCCCGUUUUCUACAAUGGCGGCGGAAUCAUUGCAAUCUCUCGUUUCCCUCUCCGAAUUGGUUUCCACUUCCUCCACGAACCACCGUGUUCGGAUAUUCCGUCGCGAAAUCCCUGCGUUCUUGAAUUCCUCUACUUCAGAAAUGUCAACGGAGCUCGCUUCGUUACUCACCGAUAUAAUAUUCAGAACGGUUGCGAUUUACGAUGAUCUUAGAUCGAGGAAAGCCGUUGAUGAUGUGAUUGUGAAAGCCUUGGGUGGAACGGUGUUCAUGAAGACUUUUGCAGGAGCUCUCGUUCAGAACAUGGAAAAGCAAUCCAAGUUUCAAUCUCACGUUGGGGGCUAUAGACUUCUCAGCUGGUCGUGUCUACUUCUGAGCAAGAGCAAGUUCGCCGCAGUUUCUAAGAAUGCUCUGUGUCGAGUGGCUGCCGCGCAAGCUUCUUUGCUUAGCUUAGUUUUGAAAAGGUCUUUUCGGGAGCGAAGGGCUUGCAGGAAAAAGUUUUUCCAUUUAUUUUCUCAGUUGCCGGAUAUUUAUAAAGUCUACAUGGAAGAGCUUAGAAAUGGCCGAAUUCCUUUCAAGGAUAGUCCGGAAUUAUUAAUGCUGUUGCUGGAGUUCUCAAGUCGAUCUCCGUCUUUAUUUGGGGAAUUCAAGCCAGCAUUUCUUGAUAUAUAUGUUAAUGCAAUACUGAGUGCAAAAGAAAAGCCAGGAAAGAGUCUUACUGAAGCAUUUCAUCCACUUUAUUUGCAAAUGUCACAUGAAGAUUUUCAAAGUAUUGUGAUACCAUCCUCUGUUAAAAUGCUAAAGCGCAACCCAGAGAUUGUGUUGGAGUCUGUUGGGAUUCUGUUGAAGUCUGUUAACCUUGAUCUGAGUAAAUAUGCUGCUGAAAUUCUUUCGGUAGUAUUAGCACAGGCUCGACAUGCUGAUGAAGGGAGAAGGGAUGGGGCAUUAGCUAUAGUCCAGAGUCUGAGCCAAAAAUCUAGCAAUCCGGAUGCAUUAGACACAAUGUUCAAUGCUAUCAAAGCUGUUAUUAAAGGCUCUGAAGGAAGGCUGGCUUUUCCAUACCAGAGAGUUGGAAUGGUGAAUGCGAUACAAGAAUUGUCUUAUGCACCUGAUGGAAAAUACCUCAUCAGUCUGUCUCGCACAAUAUGUGAUUUUCUUCUAUCAUACUACAAGGAUGAUGGAAAUGAGGAGGUUAAAAUUGUGAUUUUGUCAGCUAUAGCUUCUUGGGCAGUUAGAUCUACAGAUAUCAUUCAAGAGAGUUUGGUUUCCUUUUUGGCUUCUGGCCUCAAAGAGAAGGAAACUUUAAGAAAGGGUUUUCUGCGCAGUCUACAUGCUAUAUGCAAAAAUGAAGAUGCUGUCUUAAAGAUGUUACCUUUGAUUGGCACUCUUAUGCAACUUGUUAAAACUGGCUUUACAAAGGCAGUGCAACGUUUAGAUGGCAUAUAUGCAUUGUUACUAGUUGCGAAGAUAGCUGCUGUUGAUAUCAAAGCUGAGGAAACAUUGGUAAAGGAAAAGAUAUGGGCUCUGAUAUCACAAAAUGAACCUUCUGUCGUGCCAAUUUCUAUGGCUUCAAAGCUUUCAAUUGAGGAUAACAUGACAUGCGUUGAUCUACUUGAAGUGCUUCUUGUGGAACAUUUACAAUGUACAUUGUCCAAUUUCUCGGUCAGAUUGAUGUUACAGUUAAUGAUCUUUUUUAUGUGUCAUCCGAGAUGGGAUAUUAGAAGAAUGGCUUAUGAUGUUGCCAGGAAGAUUAUCCCAUCUGCUCCACAGUUAUCUAAAGAUCUAUUGUUGGAAUUUUCGAAGUACCUUACUUUGAUUGGAGAGAAACAUUUAGCUUUAAAAACAAGUGAUUCUGAUAUUUCUUUGGACCCUCAAGUUCCGUUCAUUCCAUCUGUUGAGGUGUUGGUAAAGGCUCUGCUUAUUAUGUCACCAGCAGCUCUGAAACAUGCUCCAGAAUCAUUUUUCAGAAUAAUACUUUGCUCACAUCACCCGUGUGUAGUUGGUGGUGCAAAAAUUGAUGCAGUGUGGAAGAGGCUCUCCAAGUGUCUGCAGACACAGGGUUUUGUUGUCAUUGAUGUCAUUUCAGCUAACGUGGGGAAUUUCUUACAGGUCUUACUGGGACCAAUGGGCUUGAAGAGUGCUAAUCCACUAGAACAACAGGCAGCGAUAUUGUCACUGUGUAACUUGAUGUCUAUAAUCCCUGGAGAUACAUAUAUAGAGUUUGAAAAGAAUUUGCUAAAUCUUCCCGAGCGGUUUGCUCAUGAUACACUUUUGGAGAAUGACAUUCAGAUCUUCCUUACGCCUGAAGGAAUGCUUUCCACUGAGCAAGGGGUUUAUGUUGCUGAAUCUGUUACUGCAAAGAACACAAAACAAGCAAAGGGUCGCUUCCGGAUGUAUGACGAUGAAGAUGGCGAGGAUCAUACACGUUCUAAUCAUUCUGUGAGGAGAGAUCAACCUAGUAGAGAAGCUGCUGGUGCAGGGAAAAAGGAUACUGGGAAGGCUGCAAAGAAGGCUGACAAAGGGAAGACGGCAAAGGAGGAGGCAAGAGAAUUGCUACUUAAGGAGGAGGCUUCUGUACGUGAUAGAGUCCGUGAAAUACAGAAAAAUCUGUCUCUGAUGCUAAGAACUCUUGGAGAUAUGGCCAUCGCUAAUUCAGUUUUUGCUCAUAGUAGGCUGCCUUCAAUGGUCAAGUUUGUCGAACCAUUAAUGCGAUCGCCUAUUGUAAGUGAUGAGGCUUUUGAAACCAUGGUGAAGUUAGCAAGAUGCACUGCUCCCCCUCUAUGUGAUUGGGCCCUUGACAUUUCCACUGCUUUGCGCUUAAUUGUGACUGAUGAAGUUCAUCUUCUGUUGGAUCUAGUUCCAUCAGUUACUGAAGAGGAAUUCAAUGAAAGGCCACAUGGCCUUUUUGAGCGGAUUUUAGAUGGCCUAUCUAUUUCUUGCAAAUCAGGAGCACUUCCUGUAGAUUCUUUUUCUUUUAUAUUCCCAAUAAUUGAGCGAAUUCUUCUGUGCUCUAAGAAAACAAAAUUUCAUGAUGAUGUACUUCGAAUAUUUUAUUUACACCUUGAUCCUCAUCUACCUCUUCCUAGGAUUCGAAUGUUAUCGGUACUUUACCAUGUACUCGGUGUUGUUCCAGCGUAUCAAGCAUCGAUAGGACCUGCACUAAAUGAGCUGAGUCUUGGUUUGCAACCUGCUGAAGUUGCUUCUGCACUUUAUGGAGUUUAUGCAAAAGAUGUUCAUGUAAGAAUGGCAUGCUUGAAUGCGGUCAAAUGUAUCCCUGCUGUUGCUAAUCGUUCUCUACCUGAAAACGUUGAGGUUGCAACAAGUAUAUGGAUAGCAUUACAUGAUCCUGAGAAGUCAGUUGCUCAAGUGGCAGAAGACAUAUGGGAUCAUUAUGGGUUUGAUUUUGGAACUGACUUUUCGGGACUUUACAAAGCACUUUCUCACAUUAACUACAAUGUUCGUGUGGCAGCUGCAGAAGCAUUAGCUGCUGCCUUGGAUGAACAUCCAGAUUCUAUACAAGAGUCCCUUUCCACUUUAUUUUCGCUGUAUAUUCUGGACAUGGGUGUUGGAGAUGACAAUGUUGAUGCUGGUUGGCUGGGUAGGCAAGGAAUAGCUUUAGCAUUACAUGCUGCCGCCGAUAUUUUGAGGACAAAAGACUUACCUGUUGUCAUGACAUUUCUAAUUUCGAGAGCACUGGCUGAUCUGAAUGCUGAUGUUAGAGGCAGAAUGAUUAAUGCUGGUAUAUUGAUCAUUGAUAAAAAUGGAAAAGAUAAUGUCUCCUUGUUAUUCCCCAUCUUUGAGAACUACUUAAACAAAACUGCUCCAGACGAAGAAAAAUAUGACUUGGUUCGUGAGGGUGUGGUUAUCUUCACUGGAGCUCUGGCAAAACACUUGGCAAAGGAUGAUCCUAAGGUUCAUGCUGUUGUGGACAAAUUGUUGGAUGUUUUAAAUACUCCUUCUGAAGCAGUUCAAAGGGCAGUCUCUGCGUGCUUAUCUCCAUUAAUGCAAUCAAAACAAGAUGAUGCAGCAGCUCUUUUUAAUCGGCUGAUGGAUCAAAUGAUGAAAAGUGAAAAAUAUGGAGAACGGCGUGGGGCUGCUUUUGGACUUGCAGGAUUGGUUAAGGGAUUUGGUAUCUCCUGCUUGAAAAAGUAUAGGAUUGUGAUUACACUUCAAGAAAGUCUUGCUGAAAGGAAUUCUGCAAAAUCUCGUGAAGGAGCUUUACUUGGAUUUGAAUGCCUUUGUGAAACACUUGGAAGAAUAUUUGAACCGUAUGUGAUUCAGAUGUUACCACUACUUUUGGUUUCGUUCUCUGAUCAAGUUAAUGCAGUCAGGGAAGCAGCUGAAUGUGCUGCCCGUGCAAUGAUGUCUCAACUUAGUGCUCAAGGAGUGAAGCUUGUCCUUCCAUCUCUCUUGAAGGGUCUUGAAGAUAAAGCUUGGAGGACAAAACAAAGUAGUGUACAAUUACUUGGUGCUAUGGCAUACUGUGCUCCUCAACAGUUGUCUCAGUGUCUCCCUAAGAUUGUUCCCAAAUUGACUGAGGUUUUGACUGAUACACAUCCUAAAGUCCAGUCAGCUGGGCAAAUGGCCCUUCAACAGGUUGGGAGUGUGAUAAAGAAUCCAGAAAUAUCUGCUCUUGUCCCUACUCUACUUAAGGGACUUAGUGAUCCUAAUGAGCAUACAAAAUACUCCCUUGAUAUUCUUCUUCAAACAACCUUUGUUAAUUCAAUUGAUGCCCCUUCACUUGCAUUAUUGGUACCGAUAGUACAUAGAGGUUUGAGGGAAAGGAGUGCUGACACUAAAAAGAGGGCAGCACAAAUAGUUGGAAACAUGUGUUCCUUGGUUACAGAGCCGAAGGAUAUGAUUCCAUAUAUAGGAUUGUUGCUUCCUGAAGUAAAAAAGGUUCUUGUGGAUCCUAUCCCUGAAGUUCGGUCAGUUGCUGCUAGAGCCAUUGGAUCCCUUAUAGGAGGAAUGGGCGAAGAAAAUUUCCCUGAUCUUGUCCCAUGGUUGUUUGACACACUGAAAUCUGAUAAUAGUAAUGUUGAACGCUCUGGAGCAGCUCAAGGACUGAGUGAGGUCUUAGCUGCUCUUGGGAUUGAUUUCUUUGAGCAUGUACUUCCUGAUAUUAUUCGACAUUGCUCCCAUCAAAAAGCAUCCGUACGAGAUGGAUACUUGACCCUGUUCAAGUAUUUGCCACGGUCACUGGGAGUCCAGUUCCAAAACUAUCUUCCCCAGGUGCUGCCUGCUAUUCUAGAUGGUCUUGCCGAUGAGAAUGAAUCCGUACGAGAUGCUGCCCUAGGAGCUGGCCAUGUCCUGGUCGAGCAUUAUGCAACAACUUCUCUACCACUUCUCCUUCCAGCUGUUGAGGAUGGCAUUUUUAAUGAUAGUUGGCGUAUUCGACAGAGCUCAGUCGAGCUGUUGGGUGAUCUAUUAUUCAAAGUUGCUGGAACUUCUGGUAAAGCUUUGCUUGAGGGGGGCAGUGAUGAUGAAGGUUCUAGUACUGAGGCACAUGGGCGUGCCAUCAUUGAGAUUCUGGGACGUGAUAAACGUAAUGAAGUACUUGCUGCAUUGUACAUGGUCCGAGCUGAUGUUAGUUUGUCAGUACGUCAGGCUGCAUUACAUGUGUGGAAAACUAUUGUGGCAAAUACUCCAAAGACUCUUAGGGAAAUUAUGCCAGUUCUGAUGGAUACUUUAAUUACAUCCCUUGCAUCAUCAUCAUCUGAAAGGCGGCAGGUUGCUGGACGAUCACUGGGUGAGCUUGUCAGGAAGCUUGGUGAACGGGUACUUCCCUUGAUAAUUCCAAUCUUAUCACAGGGGCUGAAUGACCCCAACAGCAGCAGAAGACAGGGUGUAUGUGUUGGUCUGAGUGAAGUGAUGGCAAGUGCUGGUAAGAGCCAGUUGUUGACUUUCAUGAAUGAACUCAUCCCAACUAUUCGGACUGCCCUCUGUGAUAGUGUGUCUGAGGUUCGUGAAUCAGCUGGCUUAGCAUUCAGCACUUUGUAUAAGAGUGCCGGAAUGCUAGCUAUUGAUGAGAUUGUUCCAACUCUUCUACAUGCAUUGGAGGAUGAUGAAACUUCUGAUACUGCACUUGAUGGCCUUAAACAAAUUUUGAGUGUCAGAACAAGUGCAGUACUACCUCACAUUUUACCCAAACUGGUUCAUCCUCCAUUGUCUGCCUUCAAUGCACACGCUUUAGGUGCUUUAGCAGAGGUUGCUGGGCCUGGCCUUGACUUUCAUCUUUGUACUGUGCUUCCUCCUUUGCUAUCAGCAAUGGGUGAUGAUGAUAAGGAGGUUCAAACUUUGGCUAAGGAAGCCUCUGAAACAGUGGUCUUAGUUAUUGAUGAGGAAGGUAUUGAGCCACUCAUGUCAGAGCUUGUCAAAGGUGUUAAUGAUAGUCAGGCUGCUGUCAGAAGAUCUAGUUCAUAUCUGAUAGGAUAUUUCUUCAAAAAUAGCAAGUUAUAUCUGGUUGAUGAAGCUCCAAACAUGAUAUCUACUCUAAUCAUUUUGCUAAGUGAUUCUGAUUCAUCUACUGUUACUGUUGCGUGGGAAGCUUUGUCAAGGGUCAUUAUUUCAGUACCCAAGGAGGUGCUGCCUUCUUAUAUAAAACUUGUCCGUGAUGCCGUGUCAACAUCCCGAGAUAAGGAACGGAGGAAGAAGAAGGGAGGACCAAUUCUCAUACCUGGAUUUUGUCUUCCAAAAGCACUUCAGCCUAUAUUGCCAAUUUUUCUCCAAGGUCUCAUAAGUGGGUCUGCUGAAUUGAGGGAGCAGGCUGCUCUGGGACUUGGCGAACUGAUAGAAGUGACCAGUGAACAAUCACUCAAGGAGUUUGUCAUCCCAAUAACAGGGCCUCUUAUCCGUAUAAUAGGCGAUCGAUUCCCAUGGCAGGUGAAGAGUGCCAUCUUGUCUACUCUAACUACGAUGAUAAAAAAGGGUGGAAUCUCCCUGAAGCCUUUUCUUCCUCAGCUGCAAACAACAUUUGUCAAGUGUCUACAGGAUAGUACAAGAACUGUUCGUUCUAGUGCUGCCCUGGCACUUGGGAAGCUCAGCGGACUCAGUACCAGGGUUGACCCUUUAGUUAGUGAUUUGCUGUCAAGUUUGCAGGGAUCAGAUGGCGGUGUUAGUGAAGCUAUUCUGACUGCUUUGAAAGGUGUCUUGAAGCAUGCUGGAAAGAAUGUGAGCUCUGCUGUUCGAACUCGUUUUUACAGUGUUCUCAAGGAGUUAAUUCAUGAUGAUGAUGAGAUAGUUCGAACAUAUGCUUCUAGCAUAUUGGGUAUCUUGACACAGUACCUUGAAGAUGUUCAGCUGACAGAGUUGAUUCAAGAACUGUCAAGUCUAGCUAAUUCACCAAGCUGGCCACCUAGGCAUGGUUCCAUCCUUACAAUUUCUUCCUUAUUUCAUUACAAUCCAGCAACAAUUUGUUCGUCUUCCUUGUUCUCAACUAUUGUUGAUUGCCUUAGAGACACCCUGAAGGAUGAGAAGUUCCCUCUUCGCGAAACUUCAACCAAGGCAUUGGGAAGGCUCCUUCUUUAUAGAUCUCAGGUGGAUCCUUCUGACACACUUCUUUACAAAGAUGUUCUUUCAUUGCUAGUAUCAUCCACACAUGAUGAGUCUAGUGAAGUUAGAAGAAGAGCAUUAUCUGCUAUAAAAGCUGUUGCCAAGGCAAAUCCUUCAGCCAUUAUGUCACACAGCACUAUUGUCGGUCCUGCACUAGCAGAGUGUAUGAAAGAUGGAAAUACUCCAGUUAGACUUGCUGCAGAACGAUGCGCGCUACAUGCCUUCCAACUAACAAAGGGUUCAGAAAAUGUUCAAGCAGCACAGAAGUAUAUCACUGGCUUGGAUGCUCGGCGCCUAUCCAAGUUUCCUGAAUAUAGUGAUGACAGUGACGACAGUCACGAAGAUAUAUCAAGUAGCUAAGUUUGUCUUGGUGUUGUGUCCUUCCCUUUCUUCUCUGGUCGGAAUACAAAAUUCUCGUUGAUAACCAAAUUUUUGGCAGCACAAUGAUAUAGUAAAAAAAAAAAUAUAGAUAUACGCAAUUUGAGGCAGCUUACCCAAUUUUUUUCCGCCUGGGUAUUUGAUUAUGUCUAUAAUUGUAAAUUAGAUGAGGUGAAUUAUUUGUUUACUUAAGAUUUUUAUUCAAUCAAUUUUGGUGGUAAUAUAUUUUUUACACCUGCAAUAUUUUGUCCAUUCUACAUUGACAAUGCCAUCGUAGCAGCUUUGAUUUUUCCGUAAUGUACUAUGUGCAGGUGCAGAUUAUACUGUGUUUUUAAGAUGAAUUUUGUUGGAUUAUAUGAAAAUAAUAGUGGAGUUUUAUUGUUGUUA